UACACUAUGUCACGGCACACUAGUGUGCCGCGGCACAGUGGUUGAAAAACACUGAUCUAGAAGACCUCCAACGUCCUUUCCAAUUCCAUUAUUCUCCUAUUGUUGACUUCCACCAAUUCUGGAAGUCAAAAGUCUACCUAUUUUAAAGUUGCUGAGUAUGAGAAACACGGCCACAAUGCAACCAUGCUCUAAAAUUUAUCUCUUAAUCCAGGAAAUCUGGAAAGGAAGGUGAAGAUUGUUGCAGGAUGUUAUGGCAUCCUCAAUAGGCAAAAACAGAAUAAGGGGUAAGGAUUUACCAAUGAGGACAACCAGAAAACACAGCCUCUGCUUGAUAAACUGGCCUAGAGGCAUUUCAGUCAAGUUGCAGGAAGCUGGUGUAUUACCUGCCACAAAACAACACCAAAACAGCUCUGACAGAACUCGUAAAGGAGUGUUCAGUUUGCAAAUGUCAAUAAUUACACAUCAACCUUCCUUAGGUUUUAAACAGGUUAAUUAUUAACUGUUACCAUCAGGCUGGACUGAUUUUUGGAAAACACAGUUUCCAAACACCCUUGCAAACUGCAGACCAAGCAGUUUGCCGACUCUUACUGAGAACAAGAAAAAUAUCCUAUUGGUUGCUACAUGAUUAGUAUGCUGGCACCAGUGAAACUUUGGCAAGCAGUUGUAAUUAGAAAAUCUGUGUGUUUCAGGCUAGCUUUUGAAAUACAGGUUUAUCGCCAUGGUGACCGAUCUCCCCUCAGCACCUACCCUACAGAUCCCCACAAAGCAGCAGCCUGGCCACAUGGUUUCCAGCAGCUGAGUGAGGUGGGCAUUUUGCAACAGAAGGCUCUGGGGAAAUUCCUCCGGGAGAGAUAUGCUGGAUUUUUGAGCCCUUCCUACAAACCACAAGAAAUCUACGUCCGCAGCACCGAUUAUGACCGCACCAUCAUGAGUGCCCAAGCCAACCUGAUGGGACUCUAUCCAAAUUCACAUCCAGAGAUUCCUUGGAAACCUGUUCCCAUCCACACUGUGCCUACUAAGUAUGACAAACUUUUAAAACCACCAACCAGAACCUGCCAACGAUAUCAACAAUUGAUGGAAGAGACUAUUCAUUUGCCAAGCUAUCAAGCUAAAUUGAGAGAAUGGAAGGGCUUUAUGGAAAAGAUGGCUAAUUAUACAGGGUUUAAAUCUGAGCAGCUGAGCCUGAGAGGCCUCUGGAAGGUGCAUGACACACUCUUCUGCCAGAAAACCCAUAACAUGACUUUGCCUAGCUGGGCUACACCGCAAGUUCUGGCAACUCUCUCGGAGAUAGAAGUGUUUAAUAUUGAAGCGCAUGUGGGGAUGCAUGCUGCCCAGGAGAAAGCUCGAUUCAUUGGAGGGUUGCUGCUGGGUGCUAUUUUGAGCAACUUUUCCAAAAUGGUGUGCCAGGAUCUGCCUCUUAAGAUGAUAAUGUAUUCUGCUCACGACAGCACCCUGAUUGCUCUGCAGGCAGCCCUCGGGGUUUACAGUGGCCGCCCACCACCCUAUGCAGCUUGUCAUGGAUUUGAAUUCUACCAAGAAAGUAACAACUCUUUCAGCGUUGCCAUGUUCUACCGCAACAGGAGUGACCAGAGGCCCCAUAUCCUACCUCUGCCUGGCUGCCCCACACCUUGCCCAUUGCCACUAUUCAUCCAUCUCACCCGUACAGCUGUCCCAGAGGACUGGGAUACCGAAUGCCAAAACCCUCAGAGCGGUCCAGGGCGUGCGGUGAUCGCCCUGGCUGCAGCAGUAGGUGUGCUGAGUGUGGCACUGCUUGGCAUGGGUGCCUUGUAUUGGAGGAGGUGAUAAUGAAGAUAAGCUGAAUUGGCAACCAUCCAAACCCCAUGGAGCAAGAAGCAAACUGCCUUUUUGUAUAUAUUUUUUUUAAUGUGGUGCAAUGCAGCCAUCUCAGCUAGCAUUCUAAUUGGGAGAAUGUGACAAAAGAGGGGAGCUGACAAAGACUUUGUGCCAGGCAGUUCCUCACCAACUACUUGGAGGUCAAUGCCAGCAGGAAAUUCAGCACAGGAUGUUACUAGGAAAAGGAAUGCAAAGCGCUUAGCUGAAAUGCCAGUGUUAAAUCUAUGGCACAACCGUGUUAGAUUUUAGCUCAUAAACUACAUGUCCUGCACUCAAAAUUCCUAGAUGCUUCCUCCUUUUAGCAGGUUUGAGUGUCCAACUCAAUUAAGGUUCACUGAAAUACACUGCAUCAGAUUGAUAUUGUCCCCACUUAUUUCUCCCCGUCACACCCAAUAUUCCAUAAGCUCUGCACUAAACACAGGGAUGGCUUCAUUAUGUCAUUCCUGUUCCCACUCAACGCUGCACUCAGUAGUUUGAGAAUGUUGCCUUGGCCAAAAGAUCCUGCAUUUUCAUGCCUUUAAUAGUUUCUUACCACCCAGCAGGAAAGCUGGAUUUUUUACUUUACAUAACAUGCAUACUACAAUAGAAGGAAAAUUUUAUUUAGUAGUUUUGGGGUUAAUUUCAGUACUAUUUCAGUACUGAGUUACCAGAUUCACAGAACAUACUGUAUAGGACACGACUGUUAAGCUAAAGUGCAAAACCCAGUUAACUGUUGCACUACACCCAAUGCUGCAAAGGUAAGCCGGUUUCACCCACCUAUUCAAGGAACAAGUUUCCUAUCAAGAAAGAAGGCAUCCUGGGGGGAAGGGAACCCCAAACCCAUUUCAAAGAUCAUGUUCUUGGGGUCCACCUGACAUAAGGCAAGUUUAGAAAGCAAAGGGAAACAGAGCAGUUCAAUGGCAGGACUACCCACUAGUGCAGUGGUUCCCAAACUUGGCAACUUUAAGACUUGUGGACUUCAACUCCUAGAAUUCUCCAGCCAGCAGAGCUCUUAAAGUCUUAAAGUUGCCAAGUUUGGGAACCACUGCACUAGUGGUAUAGCAUAGCUAAUUUUGACAUCAAUGAACCAAAGGCAGCUGCUACUUUCCCAUUACUGAAGGACAUCAUUAUGGAUACCUCAUUCAUACAUUUAGUCUUUCAAUAGGAAUAACCACCUCUUUUAUUUAAGGUCAAUAAGCUUGCUGCAAACAAGCUUAUUGCAGACAAGCUGCAUGAAAAAUGUACUUUAGUUAUUUCAUUUGUGACUAAUGCUUGCAGGUGCCAUGAACUCCCAAGAGAUGGCUAUAUUGUCUCGCCUGGGAUCUCUAAGGGAACACAAAUCCAUGAAUACAGGGAACCGGAAA